GCUUCAUUCUGUGAGAAGAAGUGCGUCCACCUCGAGACGGAUAGAGGAACGACAAGAUGGCGGAGUGAAUGAGUUGCGCUUUGGGAGGAAAGCAGCGACUCAAACGUUACAGAUUCCCAGGAUACGGACAGAAAAGAAAAUUCAACUCCAGUUAAAGGACAUCGACAAAGAACCCGAUAAUCGACAAGUUACCGUCACCCCUCACGACGAGGCGUUGUGAAGAGGAAGCGUCGAUAUCAACUGGGGCUUUGGAUUGCCGUUGGUGUCCUUUCGCUAGCUAGCUAGCUUGCUAGCUACCAAAAAAGACCCGACUGGAAGGCUUGGUGAAAGAGAUUCAGGCAUAGAGCGUUGCAGGAACUGCGUUGCUAUAACUCGCUCUAUCGUCGAGCUUUCCCAUAUAAAUCCGGGUUUAGGAUUUCGUUUGUAACUACUUCGUUUUGAAUAUUAGCUAGCUACUGAUAUCUAGCUCGUUUGAUAGCAACAUUGUUUCAAGUAGCUACGUUGUCGCUGACGACUACAUCGGGACUCUUUAUGUUCUGUUGACGAAGAGACCGAAUAGGGCUGCGCCUAAUCGAUCCCAGUGUAUCUUUUUAAAACCAUCGAGUGUUGGCUCGUUAUUUCGAGGACAUGGCAAGCAGUAGCGGCUCCAAAGCCGAAUUCAUCGUCGGUGGGAAAUACAAGCUUGUUCGAAAAAUUGGAUCCGGAUCGUUUGGCGACAUUUAUCUGGCAAUCAAUAUCACGAAUGGGGAGGAGGUUGCAGUAAAAUUGGAAUCCCAGAAAGCCAGACACCCACAGCUAUUAUAUGAAAGCAAGUUGUACAAAAUCUUACAGGGAGGAGUGGGGAUUCCACACAUAAGGUGGUACGGCCAAGAAAAGGACUACAAUGUCCUAGUGAUGGAUCUGCUGGGCCCCAGUCUGGAGGAUCUCUUCAACUUCUGCUCGCGCAGGUUUACAAUGAAAACCGUACUAAUGCUCGCAGACCAGAUGAUCAGCAGAAUCGAAUACGUGCACACAAAGAAUUUCAUCCACAGAGACAUCAAGCCAGACAACUUUUUAAUGGGUAUUGGCCGUCACUGUAACAAGUGUUUAGAAUCUCCAGUGGGGAAGAGGAAAAGAAGCUUGGCUGUUAGUUCUUCUCAGGACCCAUCUUUCUCAGGAUUAAACCAGUUGUUCCUCAUUGACUUUGGCCUGGCAAAAAAAUACCGGGACAACAGGACACGGCAACACAUACCCUACAGAGAAGAUAAAAACCUCACAGGUACAGCUCGCUAUGCCAGCAUCAACGCACACCUGGGCAUUGAGCAGAGUCGCCGAGACGACAUGGAGUCACUGGGAUACGUGCUGAUGUACUUCAACAGGACCAGCCUGCCCUGGCAGGGACUAAAGGCGGCCACAAAGAAACAGAAGUAUGAGAAGAUUAGUGAGAAAAAGAUGUCAACUCCCGUUGAGGUUUUGUGUAAGGGUUUCCCCGCAGAGUUUGCCAUGUACCUGAACUACUGCCGUGGGCUGCGGUUCGAGGAGGCGCCUGAUUACAUGUACCUGCGACAGCUGUUCCGCAUUCUCUUCAGGACCCUGAACCACCAGUAUGACUACACAUUCGACUGGACCAUGCUGAAGCAGAAAGCAGCCCAGCAGGCCGCAUCCUCGGGGGGACAGGGGCAGCAGGCACAAACCCCCACAGGCAAGCAAACUGACAAACCCAAGAGUAACAUGAAAGGUUUCUAAGCAUUAUGACAAUGUAAUGAAGCAGAGCAGAGUGGUCGUAGCAGGAUUUGCCUUCCAAUCACACCCCGGCAUCUAGGAUCAAAUUCACCAGAACCUGCCAGGCAUUGUGGGCAACCAUUUUUUGCUGUUAAAGAACUUUUGUUCCAUAUAUUAUAUAUGUAAUCAGUAUAUAUAGAUAAAAUGCACAGCAUCUAUCUAUAUAUUGGUAUGUAUAUACUAUAUACACACAGAAAGCAGGCUAAAUAUGGAGCUUUGAAGCUGUAGCCUUUUCUAUUGUCCUGUUCCCGAAGACUUUCUUUUUCUUUUUUGUGUUUCUUCAAAACUGAAAACUAUAUAAAAUGGUUGGCUCACAGAGGAUAUAAUUGUGCACAUGCCAAUAUUUUCCCUGAGUUCUCUCCUCCAGAAAAGAACUGCUUGGGUUCAGAAGCUUUGCCCCUUUCUGUGCAGUCACUGUGCGUGGCGUGAUCUCCGACGUGUGGCGGUCCUUGCUGUCGGAAGAAAUACAUUUGAAAUGCACAUUUUUUUUUUUCCUUCCUCAUCCUACUUUUUUCCUCAUUCUCAAACGAAAUGAAAAGAUGUAAAACUAACUGUUUUCAUCGUCAUUAUGAAUGAAUCCUUGAAUCCUGGAUAUUACUAAGCAAACAUUGGGUUUCUUUUUUCCAUAAAGGUAAUUAAGACUCUGCCUGCUGAUAUGUGCUAGAAGAGCUUCUAAUGUGAAGAUUAAAAAAAUAAAUUCUAGUGACUACUAGGUUUCUCUUUAGAACGCUGCAUUAACUAUAUUGUACUUGGUAUACUGAAGUCUAAAAAAAAUAUAUAUAAACUCCACAAAAGCAUAUUCAUUACAGAUUAGGCAUCACUUGACUAAACCUGUAUGUAAAUUGCUUAGAUGAAAAUUGUACGCAUCCAUGAUCUGGGUUUUUUUUUUCCUUCAAAAAUGUUAACAUGUUUAAAUGGCAAAAGUAAACAUUGUCAGAUUCAUUUUAUUGCUA